UCCGGCCGUACGUCCUUGGCGCCAGGUCGGCCCGGCGGAGGGGAGGCAUGGGCAGAGGGUAGGCUGGAGGGAGGUUACCUUCCCUGUUUCACUCCCAGCCCCCCGACGCGAGAGGAAGCAGCGGCAAGGUCCGCGGGCGGCAUGGCAGGAGCUCCAGAUGAGCGCGGGCCGGGCCCCGCGGCGAGGGAGCAGCUGCAGCAGCAACACGUCGGGUGCCGAGUCUUCUCCGAGCCGCCGGCUCAGGGGAUGCCCCAGCAAGGGUUCCUCUCCAGUUUCUUCACCAGUAACCAAAAGUGUCAGCUUAUGCUCCUGAAGACGCUGGAGACAAAUCCAUAUGUCAAACUUCUGCUUGAUGCCAUGAAGUAUUCGGGUUGUGCUGUUAACAAAGAAAGGCACUUUUCUUGUGAAGAUUGUAAUGGGAAUGUCAGUGGAGGCUUUGACGCUUCAGUGUCUCAGAUUGUUUUGUGCCAGAAUAAUAUCCGUAACCAGGCCCACAUGAGCAGAGUGGUCACCCACGAGCUCGUUCACGCGUUUGAUCAUUGUCGCGCGCACGUCGACUGGUUCACCAACGUCCGACAUUUGGCCUGCUCUGAGGUUCGAGCUGCUAACCUCAGUGGAGACUGCUCACUUGUCAAUGAAAUAUUCAGGUUACGUUUUGGAUUAAAACAACACCACCAGACUUGUGUGCGAGACAGAGCCAUUCUUUCUAUUCUAGCUGUUCGGAACAUCAGCAAGGAAGUCGCUCAGAAGGCUGUUGAUGAAGUUUUUGAGUCUUGUUUCAAUGACCAUGAACCUUUCGGAAGGAUCCCACAUAACAAGACGUAUGCAAGACACGCUCACAGAGACUUUCAGAACCGGGAUCGGUACUACGCAAACAUAUGAAUAUGAAGACAACGACGUGUUAUAUCACAGAGCUUCAGCGAGCAUGAGGAAGGUACGGCUCCCCGGUGGACAAACGUGUAAAACGUAAACGGUCAGUUAAAUACUGAGGAGACACAGAAGAUGCUGACUGUAGCACAUGAUCAGAAAAAGUAACUGUGCUGAAAAAUGAAACCGCCUUGAACUCCAAGGCAAAAAUUAUAUCUUUGUAGUUAACCAUUUGGUAAAUAAGGCAAAUAAAUUGCAUUUCAAUAUUUUCUACAA